GAAGUAAACCAUCUAUUUAUUCAGAGACAAAAGAAAGAAAGCCAGAAAGUAAAUAGAGCAGCACACAGCGCAUUUACAAGAAUGGCAGCCAGCAAUGUCAUCUUCAACCUCUCAAGGUCCUCAUUUCCUCAGUCCCCGGCUUCACAGUCCCUCAGUCCCUCUCUCAAAACCUCCAAGGUCUGCUUCACCUCCUCCUCCAACUUCUCCAAGGUUGGAAAUGCGGCAGAGAAGAGUAGGAACUCAAGUUUUCGCCGGGCGUAUGACGACAAGGACUGGAGUACUAAAGCAAAGCAAACCCUGGAAGACGAUGUCGAGGGUGGAAAGCAGCGCUUCGAGGAAAUGAAGGGAGCAGCGACCGAGUACGCCAAAGACACGGUGGAGAACAUCAAAGAUGCGGCGGCGACUAUAGGAGAGAAGGCCAAGGACGGGUCGGACAAGGUGGCGGAGUCCGCGGAGAGUACCAAGGAGAAGGUAAAGAAGUAUGCAGAUGGUGCAACAGAGAAGACAAAAGACGCGGCGGAGACUAUAACGGCCGAGGCCAAGGGGAACGCUAACAAGGCGGUGGACUCCACAGUGAGUGCCAAGGACAAGGCUUACGAUGCGGCGGAGAGUGGGGCAGAGACGGUGAAAGAUAAGGUGAACGAGGGGACGAGCAAGACGGCGGACGCGGUGAAGAAUUUGAAGUUGUAAUUGACAUGUUUGCAUGUAUGGAUACAUAAGCGCGGUGUUAGUAGAAUUUCUACAUUGAAGCAAUCGUCUUAACGUUUUGUAUGGCAGAAAGAUAAUCUCAAUAGUCUGAAAAGCGUUCCUUGAUAUUUCUA